UAUUAGUAUGACAAUGUAUUUCUCUCAUAAAAGACAUUUUGCAAAUCAUGUUUUUUUUAUUACAGAACCUAAUGAUCUACAGCGGAAAGAAUUACUACAGAAGAAGGAUUUGCUAAGUCAAAAUAUUGAGGAAUUGAAACUUACCUUUAGUGGCAGACCCACGAAUUUCAAAAGUAAAGAAAAUGAUUUGCCCCCUGAAGCACAAGAGAAAGCUUCCAAGGUCCAGGAAAUACAAGAAAAGAUGAAGAAGCUGAUUCAUACAGUAAAGGGCAAACACAGGAAAGAAAUACCAGUACCGGACACCAGGGAUGCCUCAGCUGCACCUGUAACAGAGUCACCUGGAUUACUACAAAAGGGCAAAGACCAUUUGCGACAAAUUGCUGAGAAAGGAGCUUCUGCAAAGAAGAAAAUAACCGAUAUGAUGAGUGAUAUCAGUAACAGCAAGGAUUCUGCAAAGAAGAAAAUAACAGAUCUGGUGAACAGCAAAGGAGAUGCUGCAAAGAAGAAAGUAUCAGAUAUGAUAGAUGAUCUCAAGAACACCAAAGAUUCUGCAAAGAAGAAAUUAACAGAUAUUCUGAGUGAUCUCAAGAACAGCAAGGAUUCCAAGGUCCAGGAAAUAAAAGAUACGAUGGAGGAGUUGCUUGAUGCCAUGAAAGAGAAAUACAGGAAAGGAAGUUUUCAACUGAAUACAGACCAACCAGUAGAAGAUAUGCUGAAAGAAGCAUUUGAAAAUCUGGAAAAACUCAGAAAAAUAAGCACAACAAUCAUUUGCGUACUUAGCCUGAUUUGUGUUGGAAUUCUCGUGUGUGUUGCUGUAUACAGAACUUGUCACCGAAGAACUGAAAAGGAUAAAGUAAGCCAAAUGGAGCAAGGCACUUCAUAAGUUCAACUGGUCCUACUUCGGUGAAUCUAGAAUACAGAUCAGGAGAGAGUUAUUUCAAGGAAUGGAGUUGCCUGAUAUCUUCAAGACAAAUCUUCCAAGGCAUAUUUAGAAACACACAAGCUAUAGAGCAGUGGUCCCCAACCAGUAGCUCGUGAGCAACAUGUUGCUCUCCAGCCCCUUGGAUGUUGC